AUGUCGUCUCAGUCAACCCUCGUCGUGAACGACAUUCAUUCGCAAUUAAACCCUAUAAAAGUGGCCGAAAUCGUGAAGGUGGACUCGCUGGAGGCUAUCCAAGCAACUGUCCUCAAGGCUGUGGAACAGAAUCAAUUUAUCUCCAUCGCUGGAGGACGGCAUGCUAUGGGCGGCCAACAAUUUGGUACCGAUACGGUACUGAUAGAUACUAUUGGACUGAAUCGGGUGCUGAACUUUAACGGGACAACGGGCCUGGUUGAAGUUGAAGCCGGGAUACAGUGGCCGAAAUUGAUUGGCUAUCUCGUCGAAACGCAAAAAGAGCUUCCCUGGUCGCAGCAGUGGGGCAUUGCUCAAAAGCAAACCGGCGCAGAUCGGUUGUCAAUCGGCGGAACGCUGGCGUGCAAUGCCCAUGGCCGGGGAUUACAGAUGCGGCCCUUCAUCGCUGAUGUCGAAUCCUUCACCCUAGUUGACGCGCAAGCCUGGCCAGCGGCGGCUAUGGCUUGUUUGGAGUGA